AUGACAAGCGAUGAUAAGAUACGAAAGAAUGCCCUCAGUUGCAAUGGAUGUAGGCAACGGAAGGUGAAGGAAAGAUACGAGCUUCUGGUGUCCGUGGUUCGGCAUUUUGUGCCUUCGGCCUCCUUCGGAACCGAAGACCUGCGGAAACUCCUGGACACUUUGCCAGCUCCAGCGGAAGGAUCACCCGCUUCUACACCACCUAACGAUGUGGCCACCUCAAGUGGUGGACCGGGCCCGUGGCCGUCGGAGGCUGUCACCCAUAUGGAUACUCCAACAUCCUCAUAUUCACCCAAUCCCCCCAACGAGGAAUGUGAAAUCGAGGACUUUGAAGAUACGCUGAUGGUAGAUGCUAUGAAUAUUCCUCGAUUUAGUGGCUCUUCUAGUUGCACCACUCUCAAUGCGAAAAUAAUAACACAUUUGUCCAAAGAUACUCGCGGUAUAUCACCCCUCAAUGACAACGAUACCCCGUUGUUGUUAGAUGGACAAGUGAUCUCUUAUCGAAAUGCGGGCUACCUCCCCAAUCGCAAAGCCCUUGACAAAGCAGCCGUGAGGUUUUUUGCAGAAGUAAACAGCGUCGUAUAUAUCCUUGAUCAGGAUAGAUUCCACUCUUGGAUUGACGAUGUGUAUGUCGGGAAGGAGGUGCGUGCAUCCGUGCUGGUCAUAUUGUAUCUGGUCAUGGCCCUCUGCGGCGACAAAGAUCCUAGUUUUCAUAUUGCUCGAUCCUAUAUGGAUGACGUGAUAGAAGAAUCGAGCUUGGAGAGCGUGCGGGCGAUUAUGUUGAUGAGCUUGUACCGUCAAAGGGAGGGUGAACGCAGUGUUUCUUGGGCAAUGCUGGGAGUGGCAAUCCGAAUCUCACUGUCACUUGGCCUUCACCAAAGUAUAGGCUAUAACCACGAUACUUCCAUAUAUGGAUCAGAAAUCAAGCGGCGCCUGUGGUGGUCCCUAUGCGAGUUUGACAACUGGGGGUCUUGCAUGCUAGGGCAGCCCUCUGGCCUCGGUCAGACGGAAAAUUCCGUCUCUCUACCCUCACAGGAAUUCAAUACUACACCCUACACUCCACCUGGCUAUGCCAGUAGCUCAGCAUCUCUCGGUAUUCUGAUUGGCCAGAUAUCCCAGAAGCUGUAUAUCCAAACCGGUGAUUUGAGAAGUAAAAAGCAGCUGAGUAAUGAGCUUCUUGAGAAGGUCAGAACAUGGAACAACGAACUGCCCGAUCACCUUCGCCCAAAUUCAGCAAUCCCAUCCUGCUUUGCACGUGCUACAUUAUAUUUAAACCUCAAAUAUAAUUACGCCCGUAUGCUCAUUGGGAGACCGUACAUGGUCCAUUCGAUACUCUGCAGCAAAAGCCAUGACGCUGUUUUCGAAUCCCGUGCAGCUACCUGUAAAGAUGCAAACCGUGAAUCGGUCGAGGCCUUGAUGGAAUUCUACCGCCGAGAUCUUUUAUCUACGUGUCUUUGGCUUGAUACAUAUUUCAUCUUGGCAACAUCAAUAGUUCUAUUUCUCCGUGCUAUCGAAAUGCCGUGUGUGAGGAAAGAGUUAGAGUUGUUUCUGCCUGUUUUGAAAACGUGCGAUCAAAGCCAAGUUGCGAAAUACGCCGCUCAAAGUAUGGAGAAGUUUCUGCAUAAUCCCGAAAAUGGUGUAACGGAACCAUCGACUGUCAACGUUGCAGAUUCUUUGGCUCGGUCAUCAAGGCUCGGCCAGUUGAGUGAUAACUGUCAUGAAAUAAACUACAGUGACUUGGGAGAUCUCAACGCCCUUGGCUCCGACUGCUUCGGACUUGGAGAAAGUUUUGACCUGGACUUAUGUGCAGCUUGGAAUGAGGUUUCGAAUAUUGUACAAUAA